CUACGUCACGCCCACAACCUCUUUUCAAACAGGGUGUUGUUGCUGCUGUUGUUUUGAGAUUCGUGUUCAGAAAUGGCUGCCUCCACAAUUCUUGGUGGGAAAAUGAAAUCCCUGAGUAUGGUGCCUUAUUUCAGCGCUGCUUUUAGGCUAAGAUGUCCUAGUCUGCUGCGAUAUAACUUUACUUCUGUAAACCAAAAAUGUUCUUGCAGCAGUACUAGCAAACAAAAUUUAGCAAAACCCAGACCAAUUACAAAAGUUUUGAUUGCAAACAGAGGUGAAAUUGCAUGCAGGGUUAUAAAAACUGCAAAGAAUAUGGGAAUUCGAACUGUUGCUGUUUACAGUGAUGCAGACAGGUGUUCCAUGCAUGUUGACUUGGCAGAUGAGGCUUAUCAUAUCGGACCCCCACCAGUGAGAGACAGCUAUUUAAACAUGGAAAAGAUAAUGUCAGUUGCCAAAAUGAGUCGAUCACAGGCUAUACAUCCUGGAUAUGGAUUCUUAUCAGAAAAACCAGAAUUUGCUGACCUCUGUGAAAUUGAAGAUGUGAUAUUUGUCGGUCCGCCAUCUUCAGCCAUUCGCGAUAUGGGUAUAAAGAGUACAUCAAAGGCAAUUAUGAGUGCUGCUGGGGUACCUAUAAUCGAAGGUUACCACGGAGACGAUCAAAGUAUACAGCAUUUAAAGAACGAGGCUGAAAGAAUAGGGUAUCCUGUCAUGAUCAAGGCAGUCAGGGGUGGUGGUGGAAAGGGUAUGAGAAUUGCGAUGAAGGAAAGUGAUUUUGAAUCGGCACUGGAAUCUGCCAAAAGAGAGUCUCGAAAUGCGUUUGGAGACGAGAGCAUGCUUGUUGAAAAAUAUGUCGAACGUCCACGGCACGUCGAAGUCCAAGUGUUUGCUGACCGCUACGGAAAAACAGUCUAUUUGUUUGAACGAGAUUGCAGCGUGCAAAGGAGGCACCAGAAAAUUAUUGAAGAGGCCCCAGCACCUGGGAUCUCGCACGAUGUGAGAAGAGAAAUCGGUGAAGCAGCAGUGAGGGCCGCCGAAGCAGUUGGAUAUGUUGGUGCAGGAACUGUUGAGUUUAUUAUGGAUAGAAACCAAAAGUUUUAUUUCAUGGAGAUGAAUACAAGGCUGCAGGUUGAGCACCCUGUAACGGAGCUGAUUACAGGCCUCGAUCUGGUUGAGCUGCAGCUUCGUGUUGCUGCUGGCGAGAAGCUUCCCUUCGAACAAGACGACCUCCGGCCAAACGGGCAUGCUUUCGAGGCUAGGAUUUAUGCUGAAGACCCGGAGAGCGAGUUUCUACCUGGAGCAGGACCAUUAAUUCAUUUAUCAACCCCAGAUCCUGCCAGCGAUGUUCGCAUUGACACUGGUGUGAGGCAAGGCGAUGAAGUUACUGUGCAUUACGAUCCUAUGAUUGCAAAACUAAUCGUCUGGUCAGAGAGUAGAGGGGCAGCCCUUAGAAAACUGCAAUCAAAGCUGAGAGAUUACCACGUUGUGGGUCUGGACACUAAUAUAAAAUUCUUAUCAGACCUAGCAAGCCAUCCCAACUUUGUUGACGGAGAUGUACAUACUGGCUUCAUAGAGGAGCACCAUGCCGAGUUGCUGCCCGUCAAAGGAAACCUCUCUCAGUCACAGCUUGCCGAGGCUGGCCUAGCUCUCCUUUUGUGUAUCACAGAUGCUAACAAAAGUUUAGCAAGGAAUUUAGAGCAAAACUCACCGUUCACAAACACAUUUGGCUUUAGACUGAACAAAGAAUACACGAGACCGCUACGAGUUCUAGAUGCUGAUCUAAUGAAAGAAUUGCAUGUUACAUAUUUACGCGAUAAACAGUACCUUAUUCAGGUGGAAAGCUUAGAGUUUCUAUGCAGUGGAGAACUAUCUAAAGAAAAUGGAAGAACUUAUUUGAAUUCAGUCAUUAACGGUGUCAAAGGUAGAAGCGCAGUUGUUUUUCAAAACCAGUCAAUUCAUUUGUUUACAAAGGAUGGAACGUUCCAUGUAAAUAGACCGUCUCCAAAGUUUGUAUCAGGGUCGCAUUCAUCCUUGCCUAGUGGAGGUGCUGUUGCUCCCAUGACAGGGACUAUUGUCAAGGUCAAUGUUCAACCAGGAAAUAAAGUGAAAGCCGGUGAUAUUUUAAUGAUCAUGGAAGCUAUGAAGAUGGAGCAUAAAAUAAAGGCCCAAAAAGACGGUGUUGUUGAAAGCAUUCCAUACAAAGAAGGACAAACGGUACAAAGAAAUGUAGAAUUGAUUAAAUUUUUUAAAGAUGAUUGAAUAAAGUGAACAUUUUGAUUAGCUGUGUUAAGUUCGUUAUCCAGUGUCAUGUACUGUGAAUGUAUACCGCUAUAUGUAACCUAUAUAGAGUUCCAAAGUGUGAUGCCAUUGUAAGAAGCGUUUUAUACUCUACUAUAGAACCUGGAAAAACACCAUUAAAUGUCUCUACACUGUCAAAUCAGACUGCGAUAAAGCAAGUGAAAGAGCUGAAAUUUCUAAUCAAUUUCUGUUGUUUUGGCCUUGUCAUAGACAGGGACGCCGGGAAGGGGGUACGGGGGACAACCGCGCCUGUUUUCUUUUUGAUAGGAGAUGCAUGGGGGGCCAAAGUGCCCUUUUCAUAGAUGUGUCCUAGACAUCGGCUGUUUGCAAUUAUCAAAAGAUUGAUAUGAAAUUCUGACUGCACUGCCUUAUUCAUGACGACAUUACUCAAAUCUUGCGGAUGCGCCCCCGUAGCGUCCAACAUUUCCUAUAUUGGCUUGAAAAGAUUGUUUAUGACGUCAUCACUUUGAAGCUCUAUUAAGAGUGCAUUAUGCAAUGCUCUGUGCUUGUAUACAACAGUUAAAUGAUUGAAUAAACGAAAUACAUUGAAACAUUAUUUAUGUACUCUUUAGGAAAUCCGUUGCCAAAAGGAUGUUUGCUUAUCGAUUUCUAAUAAACGCCGCAUUGCGUCUCAAAGACCUUGUUUUUUCACAACAACUCUUCGCCACUAAUCUAUCUCUUUGUUAAAUUUUAAACCACGCUUUCCUACCAUCCCAUUAAAAAAAUAACUCAUGGCCACUAACACAGUGAAACUGUUGUAUUCUAAUACAGAAAAUUUGGAAAUUAAAGCUAUUCUAGUCGCAUGAAUUUACGCUCCUGUACUUUAUCGUAUAUAUCUAACCUUUCUUGAUGUUAUAUAAAAUUCCUUUCCAGAUAUUCCUUAUCCUAAGCAGAAUAUCUAAUUAGCGAAAUGAUUUUGAAUUCCAAAAAAACACCUAAUUCUAUGAAAUAUGCUAAGAAGCCUCCAUUUGAAGUAUUGGAAGGACAAACAAGAAGAAUAAGCUUUUACAAAGUGCCAGGAAAGAUAUCGCUGAGGGGAUUAAGAAUGGCCUGCAAAAUUCCUGAUUGUACUGUUUAAGGUCGAGGAUCAUAAAAAAUACGACAAAUAUUUUCUACGAAGUACAGGGAUCAGCCGAAUCAAGUCUGCUAAUCAUUAAAUAGAAUUGUAAGUAAAACGUUUUUGGUACCGCGAAAUUCGAAGAUGGCACGGAAAAGCGGAAACAUAGCUUGCCGAAGCGCUUUUCCUAUGUCUAGCCAAGCUAAUUACAAUAUCGAACGUGUGCACGUAACAUGGUUAUGCUAAUUAACGGUGUAUGACGGAAAAAAUUACCUAAAUACCCUUGGGCAUUUUAAGAAAACCUCGCCAUUAAUGGUUUAGCAAGAUGAAGAUACUAUGCCUAUCGUGGCAGCUAAAAGAGCCCAGGAGGGUCACGCUAGACGGUUCAACUUUGAUUGAUUAUACAGCUACGACAAACUGCAACAAUACUAUAGAGAGUGGAGUGCUUAAGAUCAGUCGUAGGAACAAUUAUCUUGUUUAUUGAGUUAGAAAAUUACGUGGCGGUGUUAAACACGAGCACAAAUAUAUAACAUCUCGUCAAAUGAAAAUUUUAGUAAAAGAAGCUUUCCUAUCUGAUCUCCCCGAGGUUGUUUGGGAAGCCUUUAUAGCAUAUGCUAAUGACAUUGAUGAUGCAGUAAGCAAGUGGACCCAAAUUGCGCUGAUUCUAGACAAACAUGCACCUACUCUACGUAGAUAUGUGUCUGAUAGAAACUAGCCUGUGCUCCAGACCCCUAAUAGAUACACGCCUUGGCUAAAUGCUGAUUUUUUCAAAUAAGCAAUAACGCGAGAUAAAUUAAUAACGAAAUCUGUAUGAAGCAACUCAAAAUUGUUGAUGGAAUCCUACAAGCAUAUUCAUAACAAGUUGAAUAACUUAAAUAGACACCUUAACUGUGAAUAUCUCUCUGAAAAAGUCACGCAGUCUCAAGGUGUCCUCAAGAAAUCAAUAGGUAAAAACCAACUUUUGUAUUUUUAGAAGAAUUUUGUUUGCAAGAAUAUUCAGGGUUUGGGUAAUCAGUUCUCAAGUAUACAGUAUAUAAGAAUAUUGCUAAACCUCAGCAAGCAACUUGUGCUUCAUUUUAGCAGUUGCCAACGUUGCAUGUCUGACAAAUCUCGAUUUUUCAAAAAUAAAGUUAUUUCAAAAAUGAAGCUUGGAGAUAAUUUUCAAAAAAAUACCUUUUUAUACGUUAAAUUCACACCAUGUCUCUUCCAGCUUUUAACAAAAUUACAAGCCGUUGAUACUCCGAGGG